AUGUUCCGACGCGCCGCGGCCACGUGCGUCGUCGUCGCGGCCGUCGCCGCCGCCGCGCGCGGCGCCGCCGCGGCGCCGCUCGGCGAAGGCAGCGAGGUGCUCCUCCCCGGCCCGGACUUCGCCGCGCCCGUCGGCGACGGCGACGGCGUCGCCGUGGCGGCGCGCGGCGCGGCGCCGCGGCGCCUGUCGCUCGGCGCGCUCCUGGCGCCCCUCCACGAGGCGCUCCGCGGCGUCUGGGCCGCGCCCCACGUGCUCCUGCGCGACGGCGCCGGCGCGCGCGACCGCGCGCGCGAGUCGGAGCUCGGUGCGCGGAAUCGCACCGUCGGCGACUUCCUCGCCUUCCUCGAGGCCGGCCGCGUGUCCGGCGUGCUCCUCCUCGAGGCGCUGCCGCCGGGCGCCGCGCGCGCCUUCUACGACGACGCGCUCCUCGGCGGCGGCUGGUCGGGCGGCUGCGCGGCGUGCUCGGCGCACGUCUACGUGAGCCCGCCGGGGCUCUCCGCGCUCCGGAACCACACGGACGCGACGCCCGUGCGCGUCUUCCAGCUCACCGGGGCCAAGGACUGGCGCGCCUGCGCCGCGGCGCCGGCGCCGGCGCUCGCCGUGCCGCUCGACUUCGCGGCGAAGCUCGGCACGUGCGCGACGUACGACGCGGGCGAGAUGGCCGACGCGACGUCGGACCGCGCGCUCGGCCUGCUCGACUGCGCCUCCUUCUCCCUCGCCGCGGGCGAAUCGGUCUCGGUGCCGCGGCGCACGGUCCACGCCGCGCGCGCGGCCGCCGGCGCGCCGUCCGUGCACGUCACCGUCGGCUUCCGCGACGACGCCGCGGCGCCCGCGUGCGCGGCGCCCGGGGGCGGCGGCGGCGACGACCUGCCCGACGGCCGCCGCCUCGACUGCGUGGACAGCAACGUCGAGAGCUACGCGACGUGCUGCCCCGCCGGCACGCACCGCGCCGGCACGGGCCGCUACGACGCGGGCUACGACUGCGACGAGUCCUGCGACCUCUUCGGCGGCCUCUGCGACACGUCCUGCGACGGCUGCAACGGCUGCAGCGGCUGCCCCGCGGGGUCCUACAGCGGCGCCUGCGCGGUGGCCUGCGCGUCGUGCGCCGCGGGCACCUACCAGCCCUCGGCGUGGCAGGCGGCGUGCCUCGCGUGCCCCUCGGGCUCCUACCAGUCGAGCGCGACGAACUACGCGACGGCGUGCACGACCUGCCCCGCGGGGACCUUCGCGGCGGGCGGCGCCGCGUCGUGCUCGGCCUGCGCCGCGGGCUACUACACGGCCGGGGGCGCCGCGGAGUGCUCGAGCUGCGCCGCGGGGACCUACGCGCCGACGACGGGCUACGGAAGCUGCCUCGCCUGCCCCGCGGGCUCCUACGCGGCCGCGGCCGCCGCGUCCUGCGCGGCCUGCCCCGCCGGGACCUACUCGUCCGCCGGCGCCGCGUCGUGCUCGAGCUGCGCCGCGGGCUCCUACGCGGCCGCGGGCGCCGCGUCGUGCUCGAGCUGCGCCGCGGGGACCUACGCGCCGUCGACGGGCUACGGGAGCUGCCUCGCCUGCCCCGCGGGCCACAGCUCGCACGCGGGCGCGACGUCGUGCUACUCGUGCGCGGCGGGGACCUACGCCGCGGCCGAGGGCUCCGCGUCCUGCGCCGACUGCGCCGCGGGCUCGUCCCAGGGCGCGGACGGCCAGGCGUCCUGCGCGGCCUGCGCCGCCGGGAGCUACGCCGGCGCGUCGGGCGCGACGGCCUGCGCGGCCUGCGCCGCCGGGACCUCCUCGUCGGCCGGCGCGAUCGCGUGCGGCGCGUGCGCCGCGGGCACCUACAGCCUCGCCGGGUCGCCGGCCUGCGCGACCUGCGGCGCCGACGGCCACUGGGACGUCGACGUCACGGGCGUGCCCGCGCGCGACGACUGCGCGUGCGAGGACGGCUGGACGGGCUACGACUGCGACAUCGUCGAGUGCGCCGAGACGCUCCACGCCAUGUCGCUGGGCCUCAUGCUCGUCGAGGCGUCCUGGCCCGAGCCGACGCGGACCAUGUCGAACGCGCGGGUGACGUGGGCCGCGAUCCUCCGCGCGGCGGACCUGAACGCGGACGAGGUGCUCUCGGGCGACGAGCUCGCCUACGCGCUCGCCUGGAAGUCCGUCGACGUGCCCGCGGGCGUGGCCAACGUCUGGAGCCGCCAGAGCCACGAGGCGGGCCGGCCGGGGACCUGGACGCGCCUCUUCGAGGGCGACGUGUCCAUCUCGGAGAUGAUCGCGGACCUCGUCGCGUACCGGACGACGCCGACGCUCAAGUUCGGCGCGGACACGUACGUCGACGGCGCGACGUCGCUCGCGGAGCUCGGCGUGACGUCGAUGAACGCGACGUACCCCGACCCGGCGUGGGCCGAGGCCGAGUGCGCGGCGCGCGAGGACGGGUCGGGCACGACGGGCGUGACGGUCGCGUGGACGCUCCGGGCCGACAUGGUCGGCGCGCUCUACCAGCAGUGCGCCUUCGUCAACGGGGCCCAGAUCGGCGACGCCGGCGGCUUCUUCGACUCGCUCGUCGACGGCACGGACUGCGACGGCGGGCGCUGCGAGUUCCACGACGCGCGCGGCAUCGCCGCGGGCAACCGGAAGCGCGUGCUCUGCGUCGAGGUCGACUUCUGCGCGUCGGCCGACGCCUGCGACGCCGAAUCGGUGGACACGCUGCUCACGGCGACGCGCUGCGCGACGGCGCUCGCCUACGACGGCGCGCCCGCGGACGUCGUCCCCGCGCUCGAGGACUUCUGGGGCGUCACGUUCUCGUGGCUCGACACGAGCCUCGACGAGGCGGGCUUCUACGUCUUCCGCACGGCCGGCGACGAGGCGAGCGCCGCGGCGAGCCCCGUGCUCAUCGCGCAGGUGCCGACGCCGAGCGCGCGCUGCGGCCGCUUCUUCAGCCCCGUGGCGUUCAACGACCGCGACACGGGCCAGAACCCGGGCACCGUCGUCCAGUACACGGUCGCCACGGUCGACGCCGCCGGCGCGGUGCUCACGGCCGCGACGGUCGAGUUCACGUCGCCCUGGCUCUCGGAGCUCGAGGUCGCCGUCGAGACGGAGAGCGAGGCGCCCGUCGAGGGCGUCACCGUCGCCAUCUCCCACCUCACGAGCGAGGGCGACCGCGACGCCAAGUACGACCCCCUCGUGUCCGGCGUCACGAACGUCUUCGGCGUCUACGUCGUCGAGCUCCGGGUCACGGACUACGAGUGGCAGGCGCAGUCGCAGAACAUGGUCGCGGUCUGCUCGAAGACGUCGGCGACGUCCGCGGGCGCGGUCGUCGAGCACGUCUUCGAGCCGGCGGAGCAGCGGUUCUCCCAGCGCCACUUCCGCGAGAACGUCGUCGAGAUCGUCGACGAGACGUCCGUGUCCGUGACGGGCUACGUGCGCUACAACUUCACGGACGCGCCGGGCAGCGGCGGCGCCUGGGACAGCGGCUGCCCGCACCGCGACGGCGCCGCCCGCUGCUACUGCCCGCUGCCCCACAAGGCCGUCACGGUCAAGGUCGAGGACGACCAGGGCACGGUCACGGACGUCGCGCCGAACGAGGCCGGCUACUUCGCCACGGGCGUCACCUACGGCCACCGCUACAAGGUCUACCUCCAGGCCUUCGAGGGCGAGGACGGGUCCGCGACGCGGGCCCACGAGUUCCGCAUGACGAGCGACGCCGGCGACCUCGCCGUCGACGCGGUCGCGGAGGGCGCCGCGCCGCUCCUCGACUUCUUCGCCGACGCGGACGUGGCGAUGGAGUUCGUGCACGCGGAGUCGACGCGCCUCGACGCGCGCGUCGUCGGCGGCGACGGAGCGGCCGCCUUCGCCACGGGCCAGCUCGUCGAGGCCUACCACGGCGAGUGCGGCUUCACGCAGACGCUGCGGACGCACGAGGGCUACGCGACGGCGCUCCUGCCCGCGGCGGGCGCCUUCGACGUGACGCUCGUCGCCGGCGCGCGCGCGGAGGCGCUGCCGCCCUGCGCGUCGCUGGCGCUCGAGGACGUCGUCGACCCCUACGCGGCCGCGGCCGUCGCGUCGUGCCGCGUCGAGAUGCCGCGGGGCGUCGGAUCCGAGACGCGGCCCUGCUUCGACGGCGGCUUCGACUACGUCGACGAGUUCUUCGACGCCGUCGGCGACGCGGAGCGGUCCGUGACGCUCGCGGCGCUCAACGGCACGGAGACGAUCACCUACGCCUUCGCGGCGAACCUCUGCGUCGAGGGCGUCGCCAUCGCGCCCAAGGCGGGCACGGCGCUCCAGGCGCUCUUCGGCGCGCACGCCGGCCCGCGCGAGGUGCCGCUGCCGGGCGACGAGGCGCUCCUGCUCGUGCCGCCGCUCCCCAUCGAGGGGCCCGAGGUCUACGGCUCCGCGUGCCCCGACGCGACCACGGCCAUCUUCGUCGAGGACGACGAGUUCGACCUGAGCUUCGAGCUCGGCGAGUACUACCCGAACACGCUCGGCCUGCGCUGGCCCUGGGACUACUUCGAGAGCGACGGCGUCACGCGGACGGCCCAGGCCUACGUCGUGACGCAGCCCUCCGCGGCCCACGCCGUCGACGUCGCCGUCUUCGACGGCAUCUCGAAGACCGACGGCGUCUCGGGCGUCUACGACGCGUCCGCGUCGGCCCACGGCUUCGUCCACGCGGUCGCCGCCGCGGACCCGAACCCCUUCGCGCCGUUCACGCUGGGCAUCGAGGUCCAGUUCUCGCGCGACGUCGACGGCGCGGCGGCGACGCUGUCGCGCAGCGCCAUCGUCCUCGGCGUGCUGCCGGACGACGUGCCCCAGACCUUCGCGAUGACGACGGAGCCGACGCUCGUCUGGACGAUCCUGCGCGACCCGCCGGGCGGCGCGUCCACGGCGACGCUGGAGCAGGGGUCCGAGGUUGGCACGUCCAUGGGCAUCGAGGGCAUGCACAGCGGCACCUUCGAGCGCGGCGACGACUGGGGCCUGACCCAGGGCGCCGGCGCGGACCUCACGUCGGCGCUCGAGCCGCUCGGCUUCGGCGUGCAGACGUCCAUCUUCCAGAUCGGCUACACGACGGGCGCGGCGCACGGCGCCGUCAAGCCCAUCAUCGGCGUCGAGCGCGGCUCGUCGCAGAGCUUCGACUUCAGCUUCGCCUUCGACUUCGCCGUGUCGACGUCGGAGGAGCCGACGAUCGCGGGCCAGGCGUCGGACCUGAUCCUCGGCGGCGGCGCGAACCUGCGGGUGCUCACGGCCAUCGAGAUCGCGCUGGCCGGGUUCACGCUCGAGAGCGUCGCCCUCUACGAGGAGGGCGACCCCCUCUGCGUCGCCGGCAACACGACGUACGAGUGGCUGCCGACGCAGGUGACGACGUACCUGCUCACGGCCUACGAGGUCGAGCACACGAUGGACCGCCUCGCGGCGCUCGACCAGACCGCGGCGACGGGCCUCGCCAUCGAGAACUGGGUCGCCGUGCUGGCCAACUACCGCGCGUCGACGUUCUCGAACGCGGAGGUGCUCCAGCACACGCUCGACUUCACGCUCGACGCGAUGAUCGCCAAGUUCGCGGACUUCCAGGCCGAGACGGAGGGCGCGGACUCCGCCGACGACACCAUGAUCAGCUACCUGACGAACGGCAUCGGCCGCAUGGAGAGCGUGCGGUCCCAGGCGUCCUACGAGGAGAUCUCGCCGAACCCCGCGUCCAUGCUCCUCCACACGAUCACGCACGCCUCCGAGGCCGUGUCCGACUUCAACGACGUCGACGUCGCCGAGGUCCACAAGCUCACGGAUCACGUCUGGCGCCACGUCCGCGAGUCGCGCGCGAACUGCCAGGGCUCCGACGCCUUCGGCCUCGGCCGGCUCUGCGAGGACAUCCCCGCGCUCGAGUCCAAGGCCGCGGUCGUCCACGAGGCCAUGGGCCUGUGCGACUUCGAGAGCGACGUGCCCGCCGUGGCGGCCUUCUGCGACCCGGGCGCGGACGGCGGCUACCUCCCGCGGUCGCCACUCGACUUCCUGUCCAGCGACUCGAAGCUCGUGACCUUCUCGGGGGGGAGCGUGCUCGAGAUGUCGUGGUCCAUCGGCGAGACGCGCGGCCGCGAGUCGACCGUGGGCUACAGCCUCGAGGCGUCCGACGAGUACAGCGGCGAGUCCCAGUUCUGCAUGGCCCUCGGCCGCCGGCUCGCGGCGGGCGACCGCGCGCGGCGCGCCGCGUUCCACGACCCGCUCGCGCGGCGCCGGCUGUCGGCGUCGAUGGCGAACGUCGCCAAGAGCGCGCAGAAGGCGGCGGCGGCGGACGCCGCCGAGGCCGCGGACGCGGCCCAGGCGGCCGUGGACGCGAAGAAGGCGACGGCGGAGAUGACGGGCUGCCGCCGCCUCGCGGGCCGGGACCUCGGCGCCGCGCUCGGCCAGGUCGACGCGCCCGGCGCCGCGGCCGCGGAGGGCAUCGCGCGGCUCGACGCGUAUCUCCGGGCGACGCUCGCGGCGCGGGCCGCGGCGGCCGAGGCCGCGCUCCGGCGGUCGCCCUGGGGCCGGCGGCGCCUCGGCAUCUCCUUCGGCGUCAACUUCAACUCGUUCUCGUCCGCGUCCGUGUCCGUGAACAUGGGCCGGUCGAACGCGAAGGAGCACUCGCGGAGCCACACCGUCGCCAUCGCCUUCAGCGACGGCGAGCCCGGCGACUUCUUCGCCGUCAAGGUCGAGGGCGACAGCCACUACGGCACGCCCAUCUUCACGACCAUGGGCGGCCUGUCGAGCUGCCCCGGCGAGACGGGCACGACGAAGGUCGACGACCGCGUGACCAUCGCGAAGAUCGAGUACCACUGCGACCCCUCGAGCUUCGUGCCGUCCGCGGACUGCCGCGACAACCUGCCGGGGUCCACGGUCGCCGUGGGCGUCAUCGUGCAGAACCUCAGCCCCGCGUGGACCGUCGUGACCUACCAGCUCAUGCUCGGCGGCGACUACGCGUCCGCGGACCCCUGGUUCGACGGCAUGUACCACUACACGGACGAGCGCUGCGGCCGCGAGGGCGCGUCGAACGGGCUGAACGUCGAGGUCGCCGGCGACCCGGUGCGGCCGCCCGGCUACACGCUCGACGAGAUCCCCUACGGGCAGACCGAGGUGCUGCUCCUCGUGUCCGAGGUCGACUGCCACGAAUACGUCGACAUCCCCGUCAAGGUCGUGAGCGAGUGCGAGUUCAACGGCGACACCUACCAGAACGACCCCUACCAGUACCUCACGGAGCUCGACACGUCCGGCGCGUCGUCGUCGUCGUCGGGCCUCGCGGUCGUGCACCCGGUCUGGGUCCCGGACGACCUCGCCUUCGACGAGGACACGCUCCCGGGCGGCCUCGCGGGCGACGAGGCGACGUUCAGCGUCCACUGGAUCGCCGCGACCUGGGCGCCGACGCCGACGGAGCCGCCGACGACGGCCGCGCACUUUUCGGAGGCGGCCGCGGGCACGCGCGCGCCGUCGGAGAACCCGAACGUGCCGACGCUGUCGACGGCGCCGUCGCUCGCGCCCACGACGCCGUCGCCGACGAAGGCGCCGAGCAGGUCCAUGGUCGCCUUCAACCUCGUCCUCGAGGUCGGCUACGAGGCCGUCGGCGCGACGGCCGCGGCGUACUGCGCCGCCUACGAGGCCGUGGGCCUCGACGCCAUCCAGGAGGCGCUCGUCGCCUCGUACGUCGAGGCCGAGUUCGCCGUCGCGCUGCCCUACCCGCCCUACGCGCACUGCGACCCGCUCGCCGCCGCCGCGGCGCCGGCCGGCGGCGGCGCGAACGCGACGGCGACGGCCGUGCCGUCGCCCCGCCCCAACGCCACGGUCCACGUCGACGUCGACCUGACCAUCGGCAUCGUCCUCUACGCGACGGACGUCAUCGACCGCGACGCGGGCGAGACCUUCGGCACCGUCGAGGCCGAGCUCAACGACAUGAUGGCGGCCAAGGUCGCGAGCGGCGCCUGGGACGCGGACCAGGCGGCCCACGCCGCGGGCGCGGCGGCGACGGACCCGCCGUCGCCCGCGCCGUCCGCGGGCGCGGCCGCGAACGGCACGGGCGGCCGCCGCGGCCUCCAGGCGGGCGACAGCCUCGGCGACCUCCUCGCCGGGUCGACCGUCGAGGACGUCGCCGUCGGCGCGCUCGUGACCAUGUCGCCGAGCGCGACGCCGACGACGGCCGGGCCGACGGCCACGCCGACGACGGCCGAGCCGUCGCGCGCGCCGACGCGCUGGUCCCAGCUCCACGCGGGCGACGACGAUCGACGGCCCUUCUACGAGGACGGCUUCCUCCUCGGCCUCAUCGCCGGCGCGUUCCUGCUCGGCUGCCUCACGGCCGGCGCCGCCGUCCACGCGCUCUCGCGCCGCGCGCCCGCCGCGGCGCCGGACGCGAAGAAGCAGGUCGAGCUCCCGACGUUCGGGACGACGGCGUCGGCCGCCGCGCGCAAGUUCUCCACGGAGCAGACGGACACGGCGUCGAACCCCAUGCGCGCCGGCCACCACGCGCCGUCGCCGAAGAAGCACCACGAGGCGCGGCACCACGCGUCGAAGAAGGGCUCGCACGAGCACCGGAAGAAGAGCGCCGAGCCGCCCAAGCCGCCGCACAAGACGAACCCCUUCACCGUCGCGCGCGCGGCGGCCAUCUUCAAGACGCGCGGCGAGGCGAGCCACUGGGUCGAGUGCAGCGACCUCAGCAGCGGCCAGGUCUACUACUCGAACACGAAGACGGGCGAGACGACGUGGACGAAGCCCUCCGGCUACCACGGCCCGGAGGCCAUCGCGCCCGGCGGCAAGGCCAAGUGGCUCGAGGCCCACGACCCCAAGAGCGGCCUGCCCUUCUACACGAAUGCGGCGACGGGCGAGACGACGUGGGACCGGCCCAAGGGCGUCGAGAUCAAGCCCGCGCCCGCCAAGGGCGCGAGGACGCGGACCCUCUCCGCGGACACGAAGAAGUUCGCCGACAUCUAG